CAAUCUGUCAAGUCUCAAGAGAAGCCUCCGCCUGCCACCCUGGUGCUGCUGGAGCCAACGUGAGCCACAGUUGAUGCGGAUUCCCUCGUUCCUCCCCAUCCCUGUUGCUGCUGGUGACUGGGCCGAUUGCAUGCCCUGCCAUCCUUUGGGGGACAUGCUGCUGUGGACAGCUCUGCUAUUUCUGGCUCCAGUUGCUGGGACACCUGCAGGUCUCCCGAAGGCUGUGCUGGACCUCGAGCCCCCAUGGGUCAAUGUGCUCCAGGAGGAUCAUGUGAUCCUGAAGUGCCAGGGGGCCCACACCGCUGCAGACCAUGUCACCCAGUGGUUCCAUAAUGGGAGCUCCAUCCCAACCCUGGUCAACUCCAACUACAGCUUUAAGGCCAAAAAACAGGACAGUGGGGAGUACAGGUGCCAGACCGGCCAGACCAGCCUCAGUGACCCUGUGCAUCUGGACGUGACUUCCGACUGGCUGCUGCUCCAGACCCAACGCCUGGUGUUCCAGAUAGGGGACCCCAUCGUGCUGAGGUGCCACAGCUGGCAGAACCGGCACCUGUACAAGAUCACCUUCUUCCAGGAUGGAAAAUCCAAGCAGUUCUCCUCCCUGAAUUCCACAUUCUUCAUCCCAGAAGCCAACCUCAGUCACAGCGGUGACUACCACUGCACGGGAAUGAUAGGCCAGAUGCGGCGCCUCUCACAGCCUGUGGCCAUCACUGUCCAAGAGUCCGACCGGAGCGACUCCUCCGUGAUGACGACGGUCGUGGCUGCAGUCGCUGGCUCGGCAGGAGUGGCCAUCCUCGUGGCUGCUGUGGCCUGGUUCCGCCUCAGGCAAAAGCAAACUUCAGGUUUCAUGUUGAUGAAAGUCAGUGUGUUAGAGGCUGCAGAAGACCUAAACAGAGUCACCAUGAAGCUGGGCUGUGUCCUCACAGCUGGGGUCCUUUACUUUUCUCCUACCGUGCUCUGGGCAGUACAGAUGCUACUGGCAGCUGGAUGUCAUGCUGCUGCCGGCUUUGAGAUGCUGCAAUGUGAAGGACCAGUCAGGACCCAGGACAGCAGCUGCGAUUCCCAGGAGGACUUCACAGCCCCAAGGGAAGUUGACUUCCAGGUCAAGGGCUACACUUUCAGUAAACCCUUCCAUCUGAUUGUGUCUUACGACUGGCUUAUCCUCCAAGGUCCUGUCAGCCCUAUAUUUGAGGGAGACCCACUGAUUCUACGCUGCCAGGCCUGGCAAGACUGGCCAUUGACCCAAGUGACCUUCUACCGAGAUGGCUCAGCAAUGGGUCCUCCUGGACCCAAGAGGGAACUCUCCAUUGCCGUGGUACGAGAGGCCGACAGUGGGCACUAUCACUGCAGUGGCAUCUUCAGAAGCCCUGGUCCUGGGAGCCCAGAAACAGCAUCUCCUGUGGCCAUCAAGGUCCAAGAACUAUUUCCAGUCCCACUUCUCAGAGCCACCCCCUCAGCUGAGCCUCAAGAGGGAGACCCGGUGACCCUGAGCUGUCAGACAAAACUGCCCCUGCAGAGGUCAACCGCCCGCCUCUUCUACUCCUUCUAUAAGGACAACAGGAUAGUGCGUGACAGAGGCCUCUCCCCAGAACUACAGAUCCCCACAGCUUCAGAGGCACACUCUGGGUCCUACUGGUGUGAGGCAGCCACUGAGGACAACCAGGUUUGGAAACAGAGCUCCAAGCUGGAGAUCCGGGUGCAGGGUCCCUCCAGCUUGACUGCACCCCCCACCUUGAAUCCAGCUCCUCAGAAAUCAGCUGUUCCAGAACCUACUCCAGCAGGCUCCCCUGGACCUCAGCCUCCACUGUCCACCCCUUCGAAGGAUCCAGGCUUCUCUGCUCCUGCGCAGGUGCCAGAUCCCCAUCUGUAUCACCAGAUGGGCAUUCUUCUCAAACAAAUGCAGGAUAUGAGAGCUCUCCUUGGUCACCUGGUCACAGAACUGAGGAACUUAUCUGCCUUCCUGAAGCUUGAGACCACAAAGGGUUCUGCCAAAUAUGAGUAAAUGAUUCACUUUCAGUGUUGCUCAACUACUCCCAAUAAAUUCAACUUUUUCUA